UGGAAAAAUGUUUUUUUAGUUUACAAAGCUAAUAAUAUGUACAUUUUCUAUAAAAAAUACAUAAUAAAUUCUCUCCCACUCCCUCUCUCUCAUCAAAAAUCAUCCCUCUCUCUCCCUUCUUUUCUCAUCAAAAAUCAGCAAAUGCUUGUUUAUAAGGAAUAUGUUCUUCAGAAUCGUCUUCAUCUUCAUCACUACUGCUAUGCUUUGUUUGUUUGUUUCCUUUCUUGUUUUGUUUAGGUAAUUUGUUGUUUUUGUUGUCGGCAAUUUCUGAAAUUUAUUUAAAAAUGUUAUUAAAUAUAUUUUUAAAUUUUUAACUUUUCUUUUUACCCUUCUUUUCCUCUUCUUCUUUCUUCGUUUGUUUUUGUUCUUCGAUUUUCUUCUUUUCUACUUCCUUAUCCAAAGUCUUCACUGUUUUAUCUACUAAUUGUUGGCCAUCUUUCCCUUCUUUUUCUUCUUUUUUAACAUUCUUUACCAAUUUUUGUUCUUUCAAAUUAAUUUUUUCUUUUUCAUUUUCUUUUACAUUUAAUUCUUCCUUUUUUGGUUUGCUUUGAUCAUUUAAUUCUUUUUUAACAGUAUUUGCUUUUUCUAAAUUCGUUUUCGUAGCCUUAUCUUCCCCUUUCAAUUUUUCUUUUUUCAUUUCAUUUGCAACUUCUUUUUGUUUCGUUUCUUCUUUUUUUGUUUCCUUUGUUUUUACUUCUU